CUCCAACCUGAUGGCAUGAACAUUGAUUUCUCUAAGUUCAGCGAUGUUGCCGUGGUGACUGUGGCGGUUUCGGACUCAGGAGAGGAGUGCAGGGCUGGUGCCGCCGCUACGCUCGCCCGAGGCUCCGGCGCGGGCCUCGGCCUGGCCUGGCCUGCAGACAACCCUGGAAUGGCGAUGAAGAUCCGCAGCGGCGGCAGGAGCAACCGAGGCCUGGCUGAGGAGCGGCAGCGCUGUCCGCCCGCCAAAACCAGGGUCUCGCAGAAAGGCACUAGCCCACGCCGAGACAGGCGGAGGGACUGCGCUGCCCCCGAGGCCAAGGCUGGCGGCUUGGGAUUCUCCGGCAAAUGGGUUUCCGGCAUUGGGGAGCAGCUCGGCCUCCAUGAUGCAGCGAUCAGCGGCCUGGGGACCACCAUCCUACUCGCUAUCAUCGUGGGAAUUUUGCAUUGGUACCACAUAGCCAGCCUCUUUGAAAAUAAUCAACAUUUCUCUCAUCUUUCAACAUUGGAACGUGAAAUGGCCUUUCGAACUGAAAUGGGAUUGUAUUAUUCGUUCUUUAAGACCAUUAUAGAGGCACCUUCAUAUUUUGAAGGUUUAAUUUCCAUAAUGAACGAUUGUUUGACUGAAUAUCCUUUGGUUAUCAACACCUUGAAGCGGUUCAAUCUUUAUCCAGAGGUAGUGUUGGCUAGCUGGUACCGCAUUUACAUUGCUUCUGCAGAUUUUCUUGGCAUUCCAACCAAAAUAUGUUGGCGUGUAGACAGAGGUCAGGGUUUCACUCCUGUGGAGAGCUGUGAAGGAAUGGGCGACCCUGCCUACUUUUAUGUCACAUUUGUUUUUAUUUUAAAUGGGUUCAUGAUGUCACUAUUUUUCAUCUAUGGAACAUACUUGAGUGGGAGCAGGUUUGGUGGAAUAGUCACUGUAGCUUGCUUUUUUUUUAAUCAUGGUGAGUGCACAAGAGUCAUGUGGACCCCACCUCUCCGUGAGAGCUUCUCUUACCCCUUCCUAAUUCUACAGAUGCUGCUUUUAACCCACAUACUAAGAAGUGUCUGUGUAGAGAAGAAGACCUUGGCUGCAUUUUGUAUUGCAAAUAUCCUCUUCUUGCUUCCAUGGCAAUUUGCACAGUUUGUGCUGCUCACACAGGUUGCUUCACUCUUUGCAACAUACGUUUUGGGUUAUAUUGAUGCCUGUAAGCUGCUGGACAUUGUAUAUGCACACAUGAUUUCCCUGUUGGUUUGUUUUGUGUUGAUGUUCGGAAAUGCCAUGCUGUUAAGCUCCUAUUAUGCUGCCUCUCUGGCUGUUGUUUAUGGAAUGGUUGCCUUGAAAUCGCAUAUUUCACAAUUUUUGCCACGACAUCUUCUGGGUUCAUGGAUAGUUAAAGGAACUGUCUGGCUUGUUGGAACCAUAAUCCUCAAAUUUGUGGCUUCUAAAUUACUAGGAGUUACUGAUGAUGCACACAUAAGUAAUCUACUGAAAUCCAAGUUCACCAACUACAAGGAUUUUGACACUCUGAUGUACACAUGUGCUGUGGAGUUUGAUUUCAUGGAGAUUGAGACUCCUGUGAGAUAUACAAAAACUCUACUGCUCCCUGUGACUGCCUGUGUUUUAGCACUUAUUGUUGCAAAGGUGAAUAGGAUAGGAUGUCAAAUCUCAACCUCCAUCACGCGAGGCGCUUAUUAUAGUCACAACCUAAGAUUGCCUGACCGAUUCUGCAAAACUCGAAUAGAGACUUUGAGGGAGCUGCUGUGUUUGUUAAAAGGAGGAAAUUUACAAAUCACAGAAGAGAACAAGAGUGCAACCCAAGGAGAGCUGGUCUAUCACAUUUUGCAGUUGGUAGCAUUUGUAUUGCUGGCCAUUCUCAUCAUGAGGCUCAAACUUUUCCUCACACCUCACUUGUGUCUCAUGGCUUCUCUGAUUUGUUCCCGACAGCUCUUGUGGUGGAUCAGGACUAAAUCCCUCCACCAGAUAUUUGUGUGUGUGAUACUGGCAGCAAUGGCUGUACAAGGAGCCAUGAACCUGAAGGAACAGUGGAGCAUAAUCGGAGAGUUCAGCAACUUUCCCCAGGAGGAGUUACUGGAGUGGAUCAAAGAAAAUACCAAGAAGGAUGCUGUGUUUGCUGGGGCAAUGCCCACGAUGGCAAGCAUCAAGUUAUCUACUGGACGGCCCAUUGUAAAUCACCCACACUAUGAAGAUUCAGGUCUGAGACAAAGAACAAAACAGGUGUAUGCAAUGUACAGUCGGAAGUCAGCAGAGGAGGUGAAGAACGGGCUGAUUCGCAUGGGAGUAGAUUAUUUUAUUUUUGAAGAUUCUUGGUGUUUGAGAAAAACAAGAGAAGGCUGCAGUAUGCCAGAAAUUUGGGAUGUGGAAGAUGUGGAAAAUGCGAAGAAGACUCCUUUGUGCUCCAUGGUUUCUCAGUCGCCGACUCCACACUUCAUCCCAGUCUUUCAGAAUGAUGUUUACAAAGUGUUAAAGAUGAAGAAAACUGUCAACUGGACAUAAAGGUCAGUGGAUGGACAGAGAUGGUUAAGCAUUGCUGUGCUUAAAGGUCAUCCAAAUUUCUUCUAUAGAUGGCAACAGAAAGUAUGAUUGAACAUGAGAACAAAUGUAGAAAUAUGAUCUUUGUAAUAGUUCCUUUAUAAGAGGUAUUUUCAUGUCUUUAUGGAGUUAAUGCAUAUGUGAUUAUUUUCAAUAAAGAUUUUGUGAAUAAAAAUUCAGCUUCAGUUAUAUUUUGAACUUUGAGAGUAUUCCUAAUUGUCCCAUUUACAUUGCUGCUGUUCUCUGAUAGACAGUGGAGGCCUUGGGCAGGCGAGAACAUCUAUGUUCAUAACAUACUGGAAGAGGGCAGCUUCUUCCUAGGACUAAUGCAGAGGACAACAGUAUAAAGGAAUAAAACUUGUUAGCUGUCGUGCGGGUGGGGGGGGAGAAUACGCAACCUCAGCAGCUGUCUGGAAUCAUAAAGGUUACCCUGUUUGUUUGGAAACACCCAAGGGUGUUGGGUAGGAAGCAACCCUGGUCCAAAGGUGCAGCCAUUCUGUGGGGCAGCAACUCUGGGGUAGCCCAUAGUCCAAGCCGUACUUCCUGGUCAUGUCUCCACCUGGAGCAUCAAAGAGAACCAGUUCAAUUGGCCCAAGGCCAGGCUCCUUUGCUUUUUGCUUCAGCUGAGAAAAAGAAAUUGAAUAACUUGUCCUGCAGAUGAGGAAGAGGGUGACAUUGGGAAUCCUUGCUGAGUUCAUCCGUUUACUCUUCAACCAGCAAACUCUUCAGCACACACACAGAAGCAGGGGAGGUGAGUACUAAAAUGCAUAAAAUACUAAAAUAAACCAUUCCAUUUGAUCUUGUAUUAAUUUAAGGUUUUAGUUUUUGUGUACAUGGCACACUUUUCACAUAUUCUGUCCAAUGGCGUACUCUCUGUGUGCUCAUUCCAGAAAAAAACAGCAUGCUCCUUUGUUCCCUUCUUGUCUGUGUUGGAGAUGCAGUGGGGGUUUCGGCUGCCCCAGAUUUGCAUUCUGAUUACCUUAU